AUGAAAGUUAAUCGAUUAUUUUCGCCUAUUGGCAUUUUUAUUACCAUUUUACUCGUCAAUACUUUCAGACUAAACAGUUACGUCGGACUUGUAGAUGCUUCUACUAUUCCCAGAAAAGGUCGCAAUUUGUUUAGUUCUCUCUCAAAAUUGGUAAUGCUAAAAAGGUACAAAAGAGGUCUUAAUAUGAACAAGAAAAAACAUCCACAAAAUGCUGAAUUGGAUCUAGAGAUAUCAAGGACUGAUGAAGAAAUUAGUAAACUUGAGGAUCAAAUGGAGAAGGAAAGUAACUCUCAUUUACCAGCACGCGAUAUUCUUAGUCCUGGAGAAAUUCGUCUUUCAGGAGAAGAUUUAGAUAAACUAAUUGCUAUUGUAGAUACAGAUUUACUAAAAGGUAAAGGAAAACCAGUUGUUACUCCAUCUUUUCCAACAACUCCGGGAGCUCAGGACGGCCAAGUAACUCCUGGGACCCAAGGUGGUCAAACCACUCCAGGAUCUCAGGAUGAGCAAGUAACACCAGGAGCUCAGGAUGACCAGAUUACUUCGGGAGCUCAAGAUGAUCAGGUAACUCCAGGAACUCAAGAUGAACAGGUAACUCCAGGAGUUCAAGAUGAACAGGUAACUCCUGGAGCUCAAGAUGAACAGGUAACUCCAGGAGCUCAAGAUGAACAGGUCACUCCAGGAGCUCAGGAUAGCCAAAUCACUCCAGGAGCUCAAGAUGAUCAAGUAAUCCCAGGUGGGCCAUUUGGACCAACUACUCCGGGAUCGAGUGGAGAUACUUCACCUUUAGAUUCCCCAAGCUCACCAUUUUCAAAAGCAAAUAUUGAUUUCUCUACAUUGAGGCGAGAAUUCAAUUCACUUUGGGAUACUAUGGUAGUUGAUAAUGAUGCUCUUCGCAAGCUUUUAAACUUUGGAGUCGAUCAAUCUUUAUAUGAUACUCAUCCAGUUUCAAAACGUGCCUUCUCUCAAUACAUUGACGCUACUUCUAAGGGAGUUGACUCCGUUUAUGCUUCGAUGAGAAGUUUGAUGGAAUGUAGAAUGAUCGGAGAACGGGAUCUUCUCUUUUUGCAGAGUUUCAUAUUCAGCUUUUCAGACUUAGCAGGAAUUGAGAUUCCACUUCCUAUGUAUUGCCUCUUAUUUACAAACUCUCACAAACCAAAUGUAAAGUCAUUCAUCUCUAAUUUCAGAAAUUACUUGAAUACUAAUGGUUAUACCUAUGAUAAUAAGAGUAUAGCUGAUUCAGCUUUCCAUGCAUUGAAUUAUGUUGCAACAAAAACAUUUUCAAGAAAGAACCUUACAGUUUCUGGAGUCAAAAGACUUGUUAAGGAGAAUAAGGAAUUGGCAAAUCAGUGUGAUGCAGAUGAUGUAACUUUUGCUCUUUCAUUAUUGGUUUUAUCAGAGCUCUAUUCAUAUAAUUUUUCAUAUAGUCGCUUUAUCUCUUUGGUUGAUAUCUGCACUAUAUUUAAGAGACAUGCAGAUUUUGAAUCAAGAUUACGUGAAUUAUCUUUCAUUCUUUAUAUAAUACACCGUAGCCACACGAGUUCGUGGCUAGAUAUGGUCUUCCUCGCUAAGAUGUCUUUGGAAUCUGCCUACAAGGCUCUUUCUAUUUCAUUUUCAGAUUACUUCUUGGAUACCGACUUAUCUGCUGUCAAGAAGCUUACUCCAAUGGAUCCUAGAGCCAAUGUUGGUGAUAUCAUUAGGCAAGUUGAUGAUGACGAUGUUAUUAGAACUUCAGAUAGACACAUUUCUGGACCCAUUCCAAUUCCAGAAAUUCCAGGUCCACCGAGUAGACGUGCUGGAACUGGUUACGGUUCAGAGAGAGAUGUUCCAGUUUCUACUGACGAAAUCUUCAGACCAGCGAGAUCUUAUUUAGGUUAUGAUCCAUUCAAGAAAAGCUUGUUGCAUCCACCUCGCCCAGAGAAUCUCCCAGAGAAGGCUUCUGGGAGAAAAUUUGUGAAUUCUCUGGAAGUUCAUAUGAAACCAAGGGAUUACGAGACAGAGUUUAUGUAUGGAAGCUCAAGUUUUGUUAGUCCUCAACUGAGUUACUUUAAGAGAGUCUCAGAGCGUGAAUAUAAUCACAAUAUGAAAUUAAAAAAAAUUGAGGAAGAGCGAAAACGUCUUGAAAAGAAGAGGGAACAGAAAAUGACUCGUGGAUACAAAGACUUAAGAUCUAUUAAGGAUUCAAUGGACGGGGAAGAAAGUGUUUCCGAACUUCCAGAUACUUCGGAGGAACCUUCUCCACUACCAGAUAUGGAAGAGUCAGUAAAACAAGUUCCAUCUAAAUUUGAGACUAAGCUUCACAAACUUGUUCCAAAAAGUAGUAACAUUUACACCCAACCUUCACAAAGAUUCCAUGCAACACCAUUGACUUAUACCACUUUAAAACCAAAGAAGGGAAUGCUCAUCAAGACCAUUAGAGAACCUGCUACUAAGUUUACUUCUGAGAUUUUAUUAGAAGAUGAGGUUUCAGAAGGAACAAUUGGACUUCCUUCUACAAAAGAUACUUCGCUAGCUGGCUACUCUCCAGAAGGUUCAGUUUCUGAGAAAGUUGAAGUUUCACCACCUCUAAGAGCUCCAGAAUCUGUUCUAACAACAGAAAUUGCCGCUAGAGAAAUAUUAGUUAAAUGCCCAGAUCUUACCAAAUCCCAAAGAAAAAGAGCUCUUAGUUUAUUUAGAGUUCUCAAAUACCUCUAUAAGGGAAGUACUGCUGGAUGGUAUAUUACUGCAUUCUGCAGAGCUACAUACUUUGCAGAGAGAGAUGUAUGCAUUGAAAAGGGAACCAAGUCUUUGGAUAUCAAGAAGAUGGCAUCUGAAUGUUACACCGCUUUGAAAAGCUCCUCAUUUAUCAAAAAUAACCCAGCUCUUUCAAACAUCGCUAGACAAGUCUGUUAUUCAUACUACAAAAAGAGAGCAACAACAGUCUGUAUGGAUUAA